GACGACGACAACGACGACGACGACGACGGAUGACGAUGGUCACGCCGCAUUUACGUUUUAGCAGACGAUCGCGAAGGAAGGCUUGACCGAACGUAAUCUUGUGACUCGUAGUAUACUUUUUGCCUUCUUCUCUUUUCGGCUCGUUGCUGCUUUGUAUCCACGUCUCUCUCACCCUCAAUCUUCGUUCUUGACGUGUGUUUGCGUAUCGCGCCGACACGAAUAUAAAUUUUGACCAUUUUCCCGUGCCCGUUAGCGCGCGCGAAAUUGUCUCGCGCGCACUUCAACAGGAACCGGCGAUUCUUCUCACGGCACCUCGCGAUAUUUCAACCCGCAUCCAACGCUCAAUCCUCAAGAGCAAUCGGAGUACUUGCGUUUCAGCUUGCGCUUCGUAUUUGUUUUACGUUGCUCGUUCAUUUCUCGUGUUGUUUUGUAUCUCGGAGCGGAGGUGCUAAAGCAGCUAAAGGAUGAUGAGCUUGAAAGUGCGCGUCGAUUCGCCAAGGGUGCGCUACUCGGAGGAUUUCAUCGAGGCGGAAUACGAGUAUCAAACAACUGAUGUGACCGAGAGCGACGAAAACGAUCGCGAUACCUACACGGUUACACCUAUAUCGACAAAAUUGCUGAUCAAAACCAUGAUAAAAGUUCCGAAACUAGGCCUGAUGUUAGUGGGCUGGGGUGGUAACAAUGGUAGUACCAUGACAGCAGCUUUAUUGGCGAAUAAGCUUAAAUUAUCGUGGGAGACGAAAGAAGGUCUAAAAACUGCCAAUUGGUACGGUUCCCUGACGCAAGCAUCUACCGUGAAAUUGGGUAGAAGAGCCAAAGGGGAAGAUGUUUAUGUGCCCCUCUCCAGCAUGCUGCCUAUGGUGAAUCCUAAUGACAUUGAAAUCGACGGCUGGGAUAUUUCAAAUGUAAAUCUCGCGGAAGCUAUGACGCGUGCCAAAGUGCUGGAUGUAAACCUGCAGGUACAAUUGCGGCACUACAUGGCUCACAUGCGGCCCAGAAAAAGCAUAUAUUAUCCUGAUUUCAUUGCUUCGAAUCAGGGCAAAAGAGCAAAUAACAUCAUUAUGGGCACCAAGCUCGAGCAACUUAAUUUGAUUCGCAAUGACAUAACGCAGUUUAAGGUCGCAAAAGGUCUCAAUCAAAUCAUUGUUUUAUGGACUGCAAAUACCGAAAGAUUCUCGGAAAUCAUAACAGGUGUCAACGAUACAGCCGACAACUUAUUGAAGGCAAUCGAAGAAGAUCACUUAGAGAUUAGUCCUAGCACCAUGUUUGCUGUGGCAGCGGCUCUAGAAGGAUGUACCUACAUCAAUGGAUCGCCGCAAAACACUUUUGUGCCGGGUGCCCUUGAAUUAGCCAAGAGACAGAAGACAUUCAUCGGCGGAGACGAUUUCAAGUCUGGUCAAACAAAACUCAAGUCCGUGCUUGUGGAUUUUCUCGUGUCGGCCGGUAUAAAACCGGUGUCGAUUGUUAGUUACAAUCAUUUAGGAAACAACGACGGAUACAAUCUGUCCGCACCUCAGCAAUUUCGCUCAAAAGAGAUCUCCAAGAGUAACGUUAUAGAUGAUAUGGUGGAAUCCAACAAGAUUCUCUAUAAGCCUGGAGAGAAGCCCGAUCACUGUGUUGUCAUAAAAUAUGUCCCCUAUGUCGGUGACAGCAAGAGAGCUAUGGAUGAAUACACUUCUGAAAUCAUGCUAGGCGGUCACAACACAAUUGUAAUCCAUAAUACGUGUGAGGAUUCACUUCUUGCGACUCCUAUUAUUCUCGAUCUCGUCAUUUUAGCCGAACUUUGCUCUCGCAUCACUUUCAAGAAAGCGGAUUCCAACGAUGAUGAAGAAUUUUCCGGAUUUCAUAGUGUCCUCUCUAUUUUGUCAUAUCUCUGCAAGGCCCCAUUAGUGCCCCAUGGGACUCCGGUGGUGAACGCCUUGUUUCGACAACGAGCUGCUAUCGAAAACGUUCUGCGAGCUUGCUUGUCAUUGCCACCGGAGGAUAACAUGUUGCUUGAACACAAAGUCAUCUUUAAGAUUUAAAAAAGAUGCAGAGAUCACUAGAUGGAAUUAGAGUUAGAAGAUAAUAAGGGAUAGAGAAUAGAGAAAAAAAAGAGAAAAUUAAAGGAAAAGGGAGAAAUAGGCGAGAUAUAGAGAAAAAAGCUAAAGAGUCAAAAUGAUAAUAAAAACUUAUGACUUUUCUUAUCAAAAGCAGGAGGUUGGUGGAGGGUUUUUUUUUAAAUCUUGUUUCCACUGUCUUUAAUAUCAAGCAUCCGAUAUAAGAGGGUAUACACACUGUGCUGAUGCUCUCAAGACUACGAAAAGCGAGGGAAUGGCGGAAUUGAGGACUGAUUUUCUAAUUUUAUUAUAAAUAUACAAUUUUGAUAUAAACACGUUAAUUCAACAUUAACAUAAACAAAAUUAACAAUUAAUGUAACGAAUAUAGAUUUUCGACCACGUUUUCAAACAUUUUCAAUUAAUCGAUUAUGAAAUUAAUCGAUUAUGAAGAACCUUUGUUAGAAAUUUGAUUGAAUAUACUAUCAAUAAAAAUUAUAUAUUACAGCCAAA